AUGGAUACCCGGACACGAACAGCGUCGCCAUCGUUGGCAGCGGCGACGACAACAACAGCAGGUUAUCCUGCACCCAGCCAGCCACAGCCGCCAGCCCAGGACAAGAUUUCGGCGUACUACUCGCUCGUCUUUCCCCACUUCACUUUCUACAUCCAGACCCUCUCGAUAUCCAUUGGUCGCCGCUGUACACCCAACCCCAACGCAGCCAGCUCAUCUACAGGUGACCAGCCACCCCAGCAGCACACCGUCGACGUCGACCUCGGAGCGCUCAAGAGCGUAUCGCGUCUGCAUGCCAAGAUAGAGUAUGACCAGGAGGAGGACAGAUUCGUUCUCAUCGUUAUAGGUCGGAAUGGGGCAUGGGUCGACGGCGUGUGGGCAGCGGCUGGAACUCGUGCUCCUCUUGGCGAACGGUCCCAGAUACAGAUAGCGUCCCGCACUUUCCACUUUGUCCUUCCACCACCUCCUCCACCAGAAGACUCGCCCUCUCCAAGCUCACAGUCAUCAGCCCACAGGGCGAGAUCGCCCUCCGUCGAAGUCGACGUAGAUGUAGACGUUGACAUCACUUCGAUAUCGCCCCCUUCUUCACAACCUUCCCACUCCCCCGUUCUCGACGUCAAGCCCCUUCCUCCAUCCCCAGAACCUCCCGCCAGGCCUAAACCUGUUGUCAAAGCAGAACGACCACCCGAGCUCCCAAAUUCGAACAAUAUAGGCAAGUCGAAUAGGACAGCGGCCAAUACAAAGAAGCGGAAGAAAGGGGAGACCGCACCGGCUCCUCCAGUUCAGCGACCGCGACCGGAGGACAUUCCUCCCAAACCUCCUUUCACUUAUGCACAACUCAUCUUUCGGGCUAUCAAGGAUAUUGGUGGAAAGGCAACAUUACAAGAGAUAUGCACUUGGAUCAUGAACAAACAUGAAUAUUACCGCUGGGCGGACGGCGCUUGGAUGAGUUCUGUACGACACAAUCUCUCGUCGGGGCGUGCUUUUUUGAAAAUGGAGAGGUGCGGAGGGGAUCGCGGUAAAGGGUUUUUCUGGUCCGUAGAUGAAAGAUAUUCGCAGCAAUUGGAGGACCAGGAAGCAAAGGCUGCACAGGCCGCACUGGCUGCUGCUUCCGGGAUCGUGAAGGAGCCAAAGGGCAGUCGGAAGAAGGACAAGAGCGGGGCGCUGGAACCACCGCUGAAGCGAAGUAUCAAAGGUGAUGCCAAAGGGACACCUCUACCACCGCCGCUCACGUCUGCACCCCUGGCCUUCAAGACGAUAGCGACAACGACGACAUCGGGCACAACCAGCAAUGUGACACCGUCAACAAAUGCAACUUCUGGCGCAACGACGGGAGUCUUUGCUUAUCCGGCUCAUGCUCAACAUUUUGCUUCAACUUCAACGUCCCAGUCUUCUGUGCCAGCCACCAAAGCCCAGAACCCUUAUACUCCUCUUACACAAUGGAACCUUCACCCUUCAGCAACCACACCAGCAUUUCAAACUGUUACCGCUACUACGACAUCAACAGCAUCAACAGCAGUGGCGACGCCUGUGCAAUCCCCUCCUCCCGCUACCGCCCCAGUAGCCGGGCCAUCACAACCUCAACCUCCGGUGCAGCCGACCACUGUCGCUGCAAAACAACCUCCCACGGCACCCGCACCUGGCCAACAAAACCUUGUCCCGGACGUGCACAUCCCUAUUAUCCUCGGUCCCAUCCCGCCCACACACCCCGACUAUGCCCCUGGUCACCCAAAUAACUCGGCCAAAGAAGGUUACAUGGUACUUCACGAACGCACACUCAUCCUCGACCCAGACGUUUUCUCUGGUCUCACCAAAGAGAACCUCACUGAGCUCGAAAAGAUGGGGGCGCGCGGUGCAUUGGUAGUGUUAACUGGACAUAUGGUAAAGGCUCUGAAGGAACGGAGGGCAAAGUUGAAGAAUAAGGACAAGGCAAACCGGAAGAACAAAGGGUCGAAGAAGGAGAAGAAGCCAAUGACGGCGCCGUUCACGAAAGUUCCAUUGGAGAGGCGGGUUGGCACUCCUCAGACAGACGCUCAGCAAGCUCAAGCUAAACCCCAAGUCAACGGUACGCCUAUCCCAGGCGGCGCGGCGCCACUUCCUGCGAGCGAACCUCUUAUGGCAUCCUUACCUCCCCCUCCUCCGCCAAUAACCGCUCCGGUACCCCCAGGCCCAACGACGCAGGUGCCUGUCGGAGUUGUCGUCGAAACCCCGGUUCAAGACCCGGGUUCGCCUAUCAUCAACAUUGAAGACUCGGACGAUGAAGCACCCGCCAGUAAACGGCGCAAAUUGGACGACGAAGCAUCCGGCUUAUCUUCGAUAGUUGCAGCUUCAUGA